GGGGGGCACCAUGAGGCUGAGAUAGCGAGGGGCUUUGCAGUAACGUGGGCCAACAUCCGCGAGAACACAUUAAAAUUAUCUGCCGGUGACAUUUAUCGUCUCUUUUGCGGUCAACGUUUACAAUCAUGAACGGCCAAAUGAACGGUUUUCACAACUCCCUCAUUGACGAGGACUGCUUCUUGUUCACGUCGGAGUCUGUCGGAGAAGGGCAUCCCGACAAAAUCUGCGAUCAGAUCAGUGACGCUGUCCUUGACGCCCACCUCAAGCAAGAUCCAGACGCCAAGGUCGCAUGUGAGACCGUUGCCAAGACUGGCAUGAUCCUGUUGGCGGGUGAAGUGACGUCACGCGCUACAGUGGACUACCAAAAAAUUGUGCGGGACACAAUUCGCCUGAUAGGCUACGAUGACUCCGCUAAAGGCUUUGACUACAAGACCUGCAAUGUCCUUGUGGCCUUGGAGCAGCAGUCUCCUGACAUUGCUCAGGGUGUCCAUGUGGACCGCAAUGAAGAGGACAUCGGCGCAGGGGACCAGGGCUUGAUGUUUGGGUAUGCCACCGAUGAGACGGAGGAAUGCAUGCCCCUCACAAUUGUGCUUGCCCACAAUCUAAAUGCCAAGAUUGCUGAGCUACGGCGCAAUGGCACUCUUCCAUGGCUGCGGCCUGACACAAAGACACAGGUUACUGUCCAAUAUCGCCAGGACCGUGGCGCCAUGCUUCCGGUGCGCGUGCACACAAUUGUCAUCUCUGUUCAACACGAUGAGGAUGUGUGCCUGGAGGAGAUGAGAGAUGCCCUGAAGGAAAAAGUCAUCAAAGCUGUUGUUCCCUGUAUUUAUUUGGAUGAUGACACAAUCUACCACCUACAGCCCAGUGGGAGAUUUGUUAUUGGCGGUCCUCAGGGUGAUGCUGGGCUGACGGGUCGCAAAAUAAUAGUCGACACUUACGGAGGCUGGGGAGCCCAUGGAGGCGGAGCUUUCUCUGGGAAGGACUACACAAAAGUGGACCGCUCUGCUGCCUAUGCUGCACGCUGGGUUGCGAAGUCUUUGGUGAAAGCGGAACUCUGCAGGAGAGUUUUGGUUCAGGUUUCCUAUGCCAUUGGUGUUGCCCACCCCCUCUCCAUUUCCAUCUUCCACUAUGGGACCUCCAACAAGAGUGAACGGGAGCUGCUGGAUAUUGUGAAGAAGAACUUUGACCUCCGCCCUGGGGUCAUUGUUAGGGAGCUGGAUCUGAAGAAGCCCUUGUAUCAGAAGACCGCAGCCUAUGGCCACUUUGGCCGUGACUCCUUCCCAUGGGAGGUUCCCAAAAAGCUCAAAUACUAAACUUGUUAAGCUUUUUCCUCCCAGGCUUGUUGGUGUAUACUACAGAGAAGCCACCAAGAUUUUGGGGGAGAAAUGCCAUUAUUUCUCAUCACUGCAUCAUUUACCACUUGACUCCCUCUCUUCCUCCCCUUUCCUCUGGUUACUGUUUCUUUUGUUAAUUGCUUUAUCAUGCUGGGUCCUUGAAUGCAUUUUUAUUUUUUUAACUUUAAUAGAUUCCAAGAAAUUAUUUUCCCCGGCUCCGCACUCUGUUAGAGUCUGAUUUGCUGCGGUCCUCUUGUCAUUCCACGCGCAUCUAGUUGAUAGUCAGUGGCACAUCAGUGGUGUGUUAGACUGUACUUGGCCUUCUUUAUUUUCUGGUGCUACUGUUAAGGAGUGUGUGCAACCUCUGAAGUCUAUCUUGAACGAUGUAGCCUGUCGUUUAGGCCCUGUCCACAUGGAAAUUCUAAGAUCUGAACGGUAAAGAAUUUUAUAGAGUGAAGUUAUGGGUGCUCUCCAUAAUGUCUUUUUGUGAACAAGCAGAUCACCCACAAGAACAGCAGACUGGCAUGACAAUUCUACUUUGUGCUUAGUCCAGACAUGAGACAUGUGUUUCUCGUGUGUUUGCCGUCAUUGUUUGUUGUGCAGUGGAAUACACGCUAUAUUGUGUAUACGCUCUCAUAGUUUUGGUGGCUGUUUACAGCGCUAAUGGCUGAUGUACUACAUCUUUUUUAUCCAGUGAUCUGUUCCCGUCUGGAUGGGAUUAAUGCAGAUCUGCCAACUUUUUUGGAAUGCAAAUCUCACGGAUUGUAUUGUCUGUUUUUUGCAUGGGGUAUAAAAUAUUGUAGCUUUUGUCUGGAUUUUGAAAGGAUGACGAAUAGGUGGUAGAUCAACAAUCACUUUU